CUUCCUUUAUCAACAUUAUUUUGUUGGGUUUGUCAAUGCAAUUGACGUGUCAAGAAACGGGCAUAUUUGAGAGAAUAAUUCGAACCGAAUAUGGCCGGAGCUGCUCUUAAGAGAUUAAUGGCUGAAUAUAGACAGCUGACAGUGAACCCUCCAGAGGGUAUCAUAGCAGGCCCAGUCGAUGAAAAAAACUUCUUUGAAUGGGAAGCUCUGAUUACGGGUCCAGAAGGUACAUGCUUUGAGGGCGGUGUCUUCCAGACAGAACUGAAGUUUCCCAAUGACUAUCCACUCAACCCUCCCAAGAUGCGAUUCAAGACAGAGAUGUUUCAUCCAAAUAUUUAUAAAGAUGGUCGAGUAUGUAUAUCAAUUCUGCACGCACCUGGCGAUGAUCCUAUGGGUUAUGAAAGUAGUGCUGAGCGAUGGAGUCCUGUACAGAGUGUUGAAAAGAUCCUUCUCUCAGUCGUCAGUAUGCUGGCAGAACCCAACGAUGAAAGUGGAGCAAACGUUGAUGCCUCAAAGAUGUGGAGAGAUGAUCGGGAGAGUUUUAACAGGAUAGCAUAUGACAUUGUAAAGAAAUCACUCAGCAUGUGACGAAGAGACCUAUGGUGAACAAACAAUCUGUAAAUAGACUCAUCAACAAUCAUGAACUUGAAUUAGAGAAUUAACUGCCAUGCUUUCUAUGUUUGGAUGAAUGGAAUGGUGACUGUUAUUCAGUGUUGUUUUGUAGUCUCGAGGACUUUGAGCAAGCCUGUACUGUGAAAUGAUCAACGGAGUUGUAUAUCAUGCUGCCUACUAGAACCAGGUAUUUAAUCUACAAGAGCUCUGGGAAUUCCAGUCAGUAGGGGUAAUUUAAUUUACAUAUCAUCAGAACGCAGCUGCAGUGAAGUUAAAUUUACAUCCCUCAAAAGACUUGGGAUGAGGCAACUUUCAGACCAUGUCGGAUAGGCCAUAUAAAACAUAUCUUUGCUAGGCUGUUGUUCCAAUCUUGUAUGUCAAAAUCAAUUUUUUUUUAGAGCAGUUAAGAGAAAGCUGAAUGGAAUAUGACAAUGGCAACAACUACACAUUAUCUGAAAAUGUUUCUUUGUUCAUGUAGAGACCUCUAUCUAGAUAAAAGGAGGUUGCUACUUACAUGUAUGUCAUAACCCUUAAAUCAACAUUUUUCUGAGCUUUCCUUAAAAAUACCAAAAUUUGAGUUUGACAUGUAACAUUCCAGCAAUGAUAUUUAUUUACCUCUCAUGAGACAAAUUUCCUUAUAGCCAAACAAAAUUAAUUGGUUCCAAGAAAAUUUGUCAAAAAGCACUCGUAUUUGCAGACACCAAAUCAUAAUUCCGAAUCCUGCAUUGCUUGAGAUCCCCACACUUUGGUUAUCAUGUUUAAUGGGAAAGGCCAUGAUAGAUUAAAAAGAGAAAAGAAAUUCUCUAAUGUAGGAGUCUUGUGUCCAUUGCAUGAGAACUGGCAUGCCAUCAUUUGCUAUUUACUGAAUAGCACACAUGUCAAUAAUUGAAGAUCUAACAAAUCAGAUUUGAAUGCAAUGUGCCAUGCAUACUACUAAGAGGGACCUACUGUAAUGGAAGAAGGAAGAUGAAAGUUUCACAUACAGUGUAGAAUUACUAUUGCAACAAUUGAGAGCAAGAAAGAUGUUUAAUUAUGUCACUGAUGAAGAAUCAUGAAAUAAAACCUUUUUUCACUCCUAACAUACAGGCCUGCAAUGCAACAUGUAAACUUUGAUAUAAAAUAUGACUUAUGGUGCAGUCACAUUCUAUGGCGAAUCGAAGACAGCCAUUUUAACACUUUUGUAUCAGCUACAUAUAGGUGGUUU